AUGGCGAUCCUUCCCUUCCUCACCGUCCUCACCGCGGCCCUGCCGCUCGCGAGCGCCCACUUCGGUCUUGAAUACCCAUCGUGGCGCGCCAACACCCUGGCGGGCGACAAUGAGAACUACAGCCAGUGGACCUACCCGUGCGCUGGAGUCCCCUCCAAUGCGACCGGCAACAACGUGACCGACUGGCCGCUUGACGGCGGCUCGCUCGUCCUCGACCUGCACCACCCUUGGACCUAUCUCUUUGUCAACCUGGGCGUCCAGAUCAACGUCGGCUCGACCGUCUCCAACUUCAACUACUCGCUCUCGGGCCAGACAUUUUGGAACGUGACGGGCAACGGCACCCUCUGCAUCGAGAAGCUGCAGCUGCCCGAUGGCUUCAAGCCCAAGGACGGCGACCGCGCCAGCAUCCAGGUCGUCACCACCGACAGUGGCCCAGCUCUGUACAACUGCGCCGACAUCACCUUCAGGGCCAACGCUACCAGGCUUUCGGGUGACAGGUGCAAGAGCUCCAACAACGUCAAGGCCUACCAGGUCCAGUCCGGCCCCGCGAGCAGCAGCAACGGCAGCGGUGGCAGCAGCACCACCACCCCAGGCCAGCCCAGCAGCACCGGCGGCGUCGCUGCAAAUGGUGUCAGCACUCCGGUCCUGACUUCGGUGGUCGGCUUGGCUGUUUUCUUUGCUUACAGCAUGGCCUUGUAA